GAUAACUAUUUAUGACCGUUGAUGGACGUCCCCCCAUAAAAUCCCGCCGGCGCUCUUUCCCUCUUCUCCAAAAACUUUUCCCUUUUCAAGGAAGGUUUUCCCACUUCGAGGUUUCCGAUCGUUUCUCCGCCGCUUCAUUUGCCCUUGAGAAUCGUUCUUUCGUUUCCCAGUUUCCGAUCAUCGAUUGAAAUCAAUGGAAGGCAACGCCGGGAUCCCUAUGCCUUCUAAACGGAAAAGGGAACAAGCUAGUGAUGGUGAAGAAGACUUCCGGGAGCAGUUCGACACCAGCCGUCUACGGAGGCAUGUAGAGAAGCAUCACCCGGAGAUGCUGCCGGAGGACGACGAAGUGGAGCAAGAAGUGCCGGCCGCGGCGACGGCGGAGGCCGUCCAAGAAGAAGAGGAAGAAGAAGACUGCUGGGAGGAUUUCGACAAGGACGCUAUGAGGAAGCAUAUGGAGGAGUGCCAUCCAGAGAGGCUGUCAGAGUGGCAUUCGGCGAAGGAUGAAGCACCGGCCGCCGGUGUUAAAGGUAAGUCCGGCGCCGAUGAUUUGUAUGGGCAAUUACCUGGAGGGGAACAACUAGUUAGGCUUGCGGUUGCCGAAUCUUUACCGAUUCUGUUCAAAGACUGCACUCUAUUCAAUCUAUUUGUCCAGACUAUGAAUCCCGCGUACCCUAAAUUCUCUGCGAAAGUUUUGAGGAAAGCUGCGAUGGCCUAUUACGCGAAAGAGACGGAGUCUUUGCUUCCCGUUCUGAGGGAUUUGAAGGUUCGAGUCUCUUUCACCAGUGGCCUGUGGUCGAGUUCUGAUGUGUUUCUCGAAGGGGUCAUUUAUCUUUACUUGAGCUGUCACUGGAUUGAUGAGAAGUGGGAGAUGCAGAGCAGGGUUUUAGGGUUUCAGCAGCUAGACUGGCCAAUGGAGGAUCCUGAGAAUGUUUCAUCUACGAUCACGAAACUGGUUUUGAAGUGGGAGCUUGAGGGGAAAGUUCUCUCAAUCAAUUUCGAUGACAGGACUAAUGUUACUGCAGCUGUCUCGAAGUUACAGACUUCGUUCAGCCCCAUAUUGGAUGGUCAUCUUUUCCAGAGCAAAUGUGCUCAUCACAUUGUGAAUUCGUGCCUCAAAUAUGGCUUCUCCAAGAUUUCUAGCCUCCUCGAUAAGGUAAGAAAUGUGAUCCAUUUCAUCCAGGAAUCAAACAUUGAGCAGCAAGUCAAAGACAAGUGCAGCCAGAGUGGUUUGAGGUAUAAAAGAUUGCUUUGUGAUAUACCCAUGUGGAGUAACACUACAUAUGAAAUGUUGGAUGCCUUCAUUCGUUAUCGUUCCAUACUUAUGGAGCUCUGUAGCGUUGAGCAUGCUGCUGGUAAUUAUUGUGGCACGCCCUUGACGGAAGAUGAAUGGAGCGUUCUAUGCAGCUUGACAGACUUCUUGGAAAGGUUCAAAGCAGCUUUUGAUAUCUUCUGUAGUGUUUAUAUUCCUACUGCUAACUUGGUCAUCCCAAUACUCUACACACUGAGUGAAGCUUCUGCCCAGUAUAUAUAUGACAAGCACGUUGGCCAAAUAUGUGCUGGAAUGGAGGCUAAGUUCUCAACUUAUUGGGUAGAUGGAAUUCCAAUGGUGUAUUGUCUCGCUACUAUCUUGGAUCCCAGAUACAAGCUUGAUGGUUUGUUGCAUUUGCUGGAUGGCUAUCAUGCUAACACUAAAGUAUCCAUCGGGGAUACGAAAAACAAGAUCAAGACACUGUUCUACAAAACAUAUGAUGCAUACUUCAAGCAGUAUGUUCCUCUCAUUCCUGAAGACCUGGUUCGGAGCGGCUGCAGCAGUAGUGGUACCAAAAGUGCAGUUCGUCUUGUGCAUAGCUCAAGAGACGGUGAUGGUAAAAAGGGCAGUGACACGAAAGCUUCUUCCCAUUCCGAGAUCCAGUACUACUUGUCAUCUGAUGAUGUGUCGAGUCUCGGCCUGGAAGAAGACAUUGAUAAGCUGGACAUGCUUGACGUAUUAAAAUGGUGGAAACACAACCAGGCUAGAUAUCCGGUGCUGGCUACCGUGGCUCGCGAUGUGUUGGCGCAUGUAGCUUCAGCAAAGGUGCCUGAAGAUACGUUUGAUUUCCAUUCGUCUGGUGUUAACGAACAGAGGAGGGAGAUGGGUUCGAAGGCUGCGGAGAUGUCUGUUUGCCUGAAGGAUUGGAUUAGAGCUGAGCUUCGAGAGCAGCGUCUGUGUGUCAACAGGUAUGGGGGAGACGUCAGUAGUGAUGAAGAGGAGAAUGAUGAUGAUGAUGCGGAAGAGGAAGAGGGGUAGGAAGGAUAGUAAAUUAGUAAUGGUAGG